AUGGCUGCUGAGCUCUUCCCAGAGUUCAGUGUGGUUGCGACAGCUGCAUGCUGUCUGGAGCACAUGGUCAGCCCUGCUGUGCCGUGGCCCCGCUUCCCACGGAGGCCCCAGAGUCCCCCGGGUUCACCUCACAGGACCCCGGGGGGACCCCAGAGUCGCCCCGUGGACUUCCACGGCAGAACGGCCCCGGGCGGAGGCUCCUCCAGCACUCCUCCGCUGGGAAGCCGCAGACGCCCCCAAAUCCACGAUUCCACCCGAGAAUUACCACGUCCCCCAAAGUCACCGCCGCUUGAGGGUUCUCACCUCUGCUCCUGGCUCUGCCCGCCCCCCCCCCCGCCCCCGGGACCCGCCACCACAAAGGUCAAGCUGAUACCCCUUGCUCAGGGCAAGGGCACCGCUGGGCUGGGCACCGGGACGCACGCCUGCGGUCCCAGAGGCGGGAGGCCUCGGCGGGAGGACGGAGGUCUGAGGCUAGCCCAGGCCUCGCGGAAGACCGUGUCGCCAGCCAGGGCCCAGCCCGGCCGGGUGCCCCUGCCGCCCCAUCCCGCGGACCUCGGUGCCCCUCCGCCCUUGCCUGGGGCCAAGCCCGGUCCCCGGGGAGUGUGGUCCCCCGGGAGUGCACCCCCUCCCCUGGGGAUGCAGCCCUGGAAGGCCCUGGGCACUGGAGCUCCAUGA